CCUGCUUGUCAAUUGUCCUCUUCCCACCCUCCCUCCGUCCCCUCUAGCUCAAUGGGCGCCGUCCUAUCCCUCCCCUUCUUCCGCAGACGGAGCCGUCGCCGUCGUUCCCCUGUCUCCACACCCAUCUCCCACCCACGACCUCUCUUGCGUCGCGACGACCCCGAUCUCGACAAGACCGAGGGGCUCGAGCUUCUCGCAAUUCCCAAGACCCGCCACUCGGCGUCCACAGCCGGAUCCACUGCAGGCUCCCGCAUCGUCCGGAAUGGAAGCGUAGGCUCACGCACAUCAAGACGAACACGCCGACGUCCAGGCGAGUUUGGGCAGGAUGUCAUCCCCGAGGUGCUCGAGCCCAAGGACACUCCGCCAAGUGUGCCUAGCAUGAGUUCUGCUUCGGCCUCCGACUCCAGCUGCUCCUCGAAGCCUUCUCUCCCCAAGCCUUCCAUCGAAAUCACCGCCCCGACCCCGCUCCCGCUCCCGGCACCGGCGCCGCGGCGUGCGUCCGUGUCCAUCUCUGGUGUCGGGUCCAAGCGCCGACUAGACGACCCCCGCCGCCAACGCCGCACAUCGUCCGCCUCCAACCGCCGCAACAGUAUCAUCGGCACCAAGCCGCGGCGCGUGAGCACGCGCAAGCGCCGCAUCGAGAGCGGCUGGGACAUUAUCCGGCACGACGAGGCGGACGGGUGGGCUCCCGCCGCCGGCCGCGCGGGGGGCAAGCGCGUGCGCCUGGCGUGGCCCGAGGCGUAACGCCCUGCAUGUUUGCUCCUCUGCCACGUCCCUCUGUCCACGUCCCAGAAGCAGCAGCGCUCCCCCACGCCCCUAGCCCGCGCACACUCCUUCGAGAAGGCUUCGCGACCCCCGAAAUCGGCCUGGAUCAAGCAUUGGUCGGGCCCCAAUGGGCCCCCGAGGCCCUGCCGCGCCACACCCAAUCCCCGACAGCAACCCUCCCUCCACAUUCCAAUGGACUCUGUGUGUGCGCUGCGAUGUAUUUUGUAUCGUUU